UUUGCUAUAGGUGAGUUUGUACUUAAGUACUUUUUAUCUACCUAAGCAAUUUGCAUCUUGAUAUACAGAUACCUAGUAGAAUAUUCGAUUCUAUUAUAACCCUUCGAGAUGUCGUUCGAAGGUUUCAAUGAGGAAGAGUUGGAGAAGAUGCCGGACCGCAUAUCUGCCUCUUUCGCCAACCGGAAGGUGUUCAUCACUGGAGGAACCGGUUUCAUGGGGAAGGUUUUGGUGGAGAAACUUCUCAGAAAAUGUCCAGACAUCAGUGAAGUAAUUUUGCUGGUGAGAACUAAAAAAGGCAAGAAUCAAAAACAGCGGCUUGAAGAAAUAUUCAGCGGACCGCUGUUCGAACAAGUUCGUAAGUUGCGGGGUGGAUUGGAGCCACUCCUGAAGAAAGUAUCCAUUGUGGCUGGUGACUGUAUGGAGAAGAAGCUGGCUAUGAGCGAAGAAGAUCAACAGAGGAUAAUCAACGAGGUGGAUUUCAUCAUUCAUGCUGCCGCAACCAUAAGAUUCGACGAAGAACUUAAGAAAGCAGUGCUUUUGAAUGUUCGCGGCGUAAGAGAAGUGCUUGCUUUAGCUAAACAAUGCAAGAAAUUGGAGAUUUUCAUACACAUUUCAACGGCUUAUUGCCACUUGCAUGAAAAACUGUUAGAAGAGAAAGCGUAUCCUCCACCGGCUGAUCCUCAUCAAAUCAUAGAAGCUAUAGAAUGGAUGGACGAUGAAACGAUAGCGACACUUACACCGAGGUUACUGCACAACUUCCCCAAUUCCUAUGCUUUCACAAAGGCCCUCGGCGAGGCCCUGGUUGUUGAAACUAUACAAAAUAACUCGGUUCCAGCUUGCAUUCUUAGACCUUCCAUUGUGAUUCCUAUCUGGAGAGAACCAAUCCCAGGAUGGACAGAUAAUAUAAAUGGACCAACCGGUUUGUUAAUAGGAGCAGGCAAAGGUGUAAUCAGGACUAUGUACUGUAAAAGUAAUAGUUAUGCUGAUUUUCUACCAGUCGAUGUUUUUAUCAAUGGUAUCAUGAUUGCUGUGUGGCAUUACGUAGUUGAGGGAGACAAGACAAUAAAUAUAAUAAACUUUACAUCAUCCGCUGAGGUCAAGGUCACGUGGAAUGAAAUGAUAGAAGCCGGCCGAGAAAUUAUCACGAACAGAGUGCCCUUGAAUGGCGUUGCGUGGUAUCCGGGAGGGUCCAUGAAGCAUUCCCGUCUGCUUCACAACAUCUGUGCGUUCUUCUUCCAUUGGGUUCCGGCUGUGAUCGUUGAUACUUUACUCUUCUGUUUAGGAUACAAGCCUGUUCUAUGGCGUGUCCAACAACGUAUCAGUAAAGGUUUCGAAGUAUUCGAAUACUACACGAAUAACCAGUGGGACUUCAAAUCUGAUAUUGCUCAAAACGAACGCCGCAAGUUGAACCCGAGGGAGAGGCGGGACUAUAAAGUAGACGCUGUUGGUCUCGACAUUACUAAAUAUUUCGAAGAUUGCAUCAGAGCUGCUCGCAUUUAUAUACUAAAGGAAUACGACGACACUCUACCCGCAGCCAGGAGACAUAUGAGAGUGAUGUGGUGGGUAGACGUUAUUUUUAGGUGCGUAUUCUGGGGACUGAUCUUAUACUGGAUUAGCGGAUGGUUCAACUUUAGUUCAAAUGUGACUACAUCACCGGAAGAUCUUCCACAUGUUAUGGCUGCCUAACUGCCAUAAUGCUCAAUAUUAGUAGCGUACUCGACUUUAAAAAUUAAGAAAAAAUAAGAAAUAGGUAGUAUAGAAAAAGGACCAGUAAUCUGUGAUAUGUAGGGGAGAUGGGAAUGGGGUUGGCUUUUUUGUAUUAUUUUUUUGUUCUUUCUUGUUAUUCGUAGUCAAAAAAUGUUAAUUUUUCUAUACUGAAUAUAAAUUCUAAACAAAUGCAAAUAAGCGAAUUUAUAAAGAAAAAUAAUUAGGUGUUUUCAUAAGCUGGAAGCUCUAGCAAAAUGGAAGCACAUGUCAUUCGUGAGAACUGUAUCGUUUAUAUACGUUUAGUUUGAGGUCAAGUGAUAGAAUGUGAUUGAAGAUAUCUGUGUCUGUAUUAUGUUUAAAUUUAGUUUGUAUUUAAAUUUCCAUCAAAUGCGAAUCACCAGUCAGAUAAUUGUAAAUUCCUUGAGAUUGUAAAUCACCAGUAAUAUGACAGAAAAUGGCCCGCGACUAUAAGGAAUAUUAGUAAACAAUAAUAAGAUUACAGAAAAAAAGAUUGUAAAAGAUAUAAAUAAUCAACAGUAAUAUGACUGAAAAUGGUCCGAGACUAUAAGAGGUAUGAAUAAUUACCAGUAAUGUGUCUGAAAAUAUCCCGAGAUUGUAAGAGACGCUAUUUAAAUAAUCCACAUUAAUAUGGAUUGGGAAGUAUCUUGAAAUUUUGAAAGGUAUCAAUAAUCACUAGGAAUGUGAUUGGGAAUACCUCUAGGUUAUUCGAGAUAUGAGAAAUCGCCAGUAAUAUGAAUAUGAUUGGAAAUACCUCGAGAUUGUUAGAGGAACGAAUAAUCACCAGUAACAUGAUUGGAAAUACUUCGAGAUUAUACGAGGUACUUUAUUAGUCAAGUUUACUGGUCCUUGGUAGUGUAACAACGAUGCAAGUUCAUAGAGCAUCCAUUUUUCAUUAAACUUUUGCUUAAUCAUACGUUUUUAUUAAAGUAUAUAAACUAUAAACUUUUAAGUUAACUACAAUUUAAGUUAUCAGACUGUUAUUUUAUUAUUUUUUGUUUUACGUUAAAGAAGAAAGAUGUAUCACGGUUUGUCUAAGUUAGUAAUACAGUUAGGAUUGUAAUCAACAUACGUACCUUAUAAUAUGUACCAACCUAAUACUACAAAUUGUCUCUCUAUCUACCUAUACAUUUUUUUUUAUUUUAAAAAUAUCACGGAAGGUGUUGAAACAUUAUAUAUAUAAGUAUACUUAAUAGAACGAGGUUUAGUUCAAUUCAGAUAUUUGAUUUUAACACAUUUCAUGUAUUAAUUUUUCGUUAAGUUUUAUAAUCACGUAAAUACGCAAGCGAUGACAAAUAAAUUGGACAAUGCUCGAGUGUAGUCCGGAAAUCUCAGAAUCUAAUUCCAACUUGAAAUUCUGAAUUUUCCUAACUCCUGUUUGGUUCAUACAAAAAUAACCUUCACACGUUUCGUGCUUCAGAUGGCACGUAAAACUGUCAUUUAGUAAGCCACGUCAGAGGUCUUCGUAUAUAAUAAUGGCGGUCUAAAAAUUCUUAAAACGAGAGGGCGACACGGUCGCACGAGUUAUAAUAGGAGAUUAUCUUACGGUCUCCUAUUUGGUUAAACAAUCGUCAGUUAUAGGGAUCCUAGUCGUCAUCGGCAAUUUAGUUAAUUUCAUGUAAUGUACUUACUAUCAGUGAAAUUAUUUUAAAAUUUAGGUGAAGGUACUUUUUUUUUUUAAAUAAUAUUGAUCUUGUCAAAUAACUAUGGGGAAACUUAUGAGCAGAUUUUUUUUUAAAUUGUCUAGUUGUAAUUAACGAAUUAAUAGUUAUGUAUUUAGUGACAGUUGUAAAGUUUGCCACUUAUAUUUACUACGUGUAGUUAAAUUUGUAAGAAAAUUACUUGAGUAUAAUUAAAAAAAAAUCAGUCAGUGAUUAAAAAUGUUAAUGGUUUUUAAAACCAUAAUUAAGCUUUAAAUUUUAAUGUGAUCAAAGAAUUAAUUAAAAUAUUAUAUGUUUCUUUUUAUACUUUUUUAUAUUAAACAUUCUUCUCAGCAUGUUUGGCAUUUUGAUAACUAAAUAAAAAUGUUUUUGUAUUGAUCGUUUAUGCAUCAUUGAAUAUCAUUAUUUUUAUCAUUAAUUACGAUAAAACAAUGCCGAUAUUGUUUACUAAAUAUGCCAAUAAUAAAAAAAAGGAACAGGUUAUAAAAGUAAAAAUAUUUUUAAGACAUUCGGUGGCUGAACUAAAUUCAUUGUAGCUUUUAUAAUGUUAUAUUGAAUUAUAUAUAAAAUAAUAGAUUGAAUAAUACAUUAAAUCAAAAGUAAUAGAUUAUUUUCAAUUGAAAGUGACGGAUUUUAUGAUCCAUUUAAUAUGUUAUUUUAUUGUGUGACAAAGAAAAACCUUAUUCACGAAAUUGUUAAUUUUUUCCUGGAAUAAACUUCAAUAAAACAUUA